AUGAAUCUUGAUGCAGUAUCCUUAGCUCUUGCUCAAAUAUCAUUUACAAUCAAAACAUUAUCAAAAAGUAAUUUCAAAAAUUCUGUUGCUGAAAUAUCAAAUCUUAUAUCUGAAUAUGGAUUUGAAGCUGAACGUCAUUUGUAUCGUACAUUAAUAUCAUAUCUUGAUUUACAAUCCAUUGACGAAAAUAAUAUAACAUUAAAACGUCCCGAAAAUAUUUAUCUAAGCUAUUGGCAACAAGAAAUUGCAUCAUUUAUUUCAAAACCAAAUUUUCCUACAUUAAUUUGCUAUGCAUUUGAUACAGCUAUAGCACAAAAAUCACUUAAAAUCCUGUCACCACCCAAUGCUUUUUUGACUACAAUAUGUAAAUUGUUUAAAUUGAAUCAUGCGCAAGAACUUGUUUUUGUUCUUGCCUUGAAAAAUUCAACUCAAACAGAACUUCAAAUCUUAGUUCAUGAGCAUAUUCAAAAACGCUUACCAGAAUUUAUUCAAACAAUAAUUGAAUUUGAUUCAAGUUUGAAAGAAGUAGGUUUAACGGAUUUAUCUAUCGAAUCACUUCAUCCACUUCUAAUACAAAUUCGACAAUAUGUAUCGAAUGAAUCAUCCAUUGUUAAAGUUGAACAAUAUGAACAAUUGCUCAAUUUACUACGAAAAGAAUAUUCAAUCGAAAGAAUAGGCAAUAAUAAUCUAUUAAUUCUUCUUCCAAUACUUUAUCCAUCGAAUACAAUAUCAAAUGAUCUCACAUCUACACAGAUAUUAUCUGAUUCAAGUAAUCUUUCUACAUCAGUGUGGCAAAUGGAUGGUACAUUAUCCGAUGUUAUACUUGAAAUGGGCUAUGACUUUACAUCAUCAAUUGAACAUUGUCGAAAUGCAUUAGUUCAUUUUGGUUUACAAGAAUUAAAACCAUCAACUAUUGCACGGAUACUUUCAGCUAUGAUUAAAACCCAUUCAGGCUUAAAUGAAAACACAUCGAUUUAUGAUUCGAAUGGUGUUGAAAUGAUAGCAAAUAGUGAUAAAAGUUCAACGCCAACUUGGAAUGUUGAUACCUUUGUGAUUGCAAUAAAUGAUUUAGUACCAACUGUAAAUUGGAAAGAUGUUGUAAAAGAAUUCGACCAUACAGGAUUUUUAGUACGUGAUCGACAAGCUCUGAUACUACUUGUAACAGCCCUACGGCGAGCAUUACCACCUGAACAAUAUAUUGAUUUACUUUAUGGACGUUGGAAUAACGUUGACGGACAAUUGUCAUGGCUUGCUCAAGCAAUUCGUUAUCCGGAUGUAUUCUGUUUCGGUGAUCAUCCAGCUCAUCCUGUUUUGAUUGAUUGUCUCAAGCAUCCACUCGAGGAUACAAAGGAAACGUGGACAUGGCGUUCAUUAAAUUUAAUUGAAUGUUUAUUACGCAUUGCCGAUACAGGUUUAUAUCCUAUUGUACUUGACAUAUUUAAACAUGGAAUUCAACGUUCGGGCGAAUUGAUUUUUCUUGGUUUAUUACAACUUCAUACUGUUUGGACAACAUUGAAACAAGAACUAUUACAAUUAAUAAUUCCUACAUUUCUUGCCAAUAGCCCAAAUGCAAAUCCACUUCUUAAUUAUAUGUGGAAUUCACAACAUCACAUAACACAAUUACGAACAAGUUUAUUAACAGCAUUAGCCGAUUGGUAUAAUCGUUCAAGUGAUAAUGAACAACAGCAACGUCUUAGUCGUGUACUUGAAAUAGUCCAAGAUUUAAAAGCUUUACCUAUACUACUUGCAGCACAACCAAUAACAUUUAUUCUUGAUUUAGCUUGUUUAGCAUCAAGACGUGGUUAUUUAAAAUUAGAUAAAUGGUUGUCAGAUAAAUUACGUGAACAUCAAGAUUUAUUUAUUCAAACAACUGUACAAUAUUUGCGUAAAAAAGCUCCGCAAUUACUACAAAUUCCUUCAAAAGACGACACAAAUUAUAAGCAAAUAGCUAAUAUUGAAACAAUAAAUAUUCUUUUAACAGUGCUUCAAUUAGCAUUAUCAUCAAUAACAAAUUUAGAUCUAAUACAAGAAAUUCAAACAAUGAUAUCAACAGCAAAAAUUCUUAAUAGUUUAACAUCAACAAGAUCUGAACCGUUUCACACAACAUUAACGCAUCCUUUUACACCAUCACCAACCAAUGGAGUUUCAUUAUCGACUCAACUUCGUUCCUUACCAAGUUCGAAUAAUAAUGAGUCAUCAAUAAUGAAUGAAAUAUCCGAUGUUGAUGUUUAUUUCAAACGUUUAUAUUCUAAAACCACAAGUCCACCGCCAAUAUCGGUGGAUGAAUUUCUUGAUAUUAUGGCAAAAUGUAAAGAUUCAACAAUACCACGAGAAAGAGAAGUAUUUCAAAAUGGAAUAAGAAAUUUAUUCGAAGAAUAUAAAUUCUAUCCUCAAUAUCCUGAAAGAGAAUUACUUCUAACAGCGCAAUUAUUUGGUGGAUUUUUCGAACGUGGUUUAUUCCAAAACCAAGUUUUAAUUGCUGCAUUUCGAGUUAUUCUCGAAGGUUUAAAAAAACCAGUUGGAACUAAUCUUUGGAAUUUUUCUGUAACAGCACUUAAUCGAUGCAAAACAAGAGUUCGUGAACAAUCAGCUUUAGUUCAAACAUUACGGAAUUUACCAACUUAUUCAGAGAUUCCAACACAAAUAACUGAUUAUCUUGAUUUUAAUUCUAAAGCAACAAUUCCACCACCCACAUUUGAUGCGUUACAUACAUUAACGCCAACGCCAAAUAUUCCGCCUCAGUCCAUAGCUACUAGUCCACAUUCACAUGUAUUUGCAAGAAUGAAUAGUGGCUCAUCGAUGACAACACCUCAACAAUUUAAUCCUAUUGGCAAAGAAAGUGCAUCACAAAAAGGCCCUUCGUUAACACAAAAUGCAAAUAUUCGUACAUUAAUCAAUGAUCCAAGUUAUAAUCUUGUUCGAAUCAAACAACCACCAGAACAUAUUAAUGAUAAAGUUUCAUUUACAUUUAAUAACUUAUCACUGUCUAAUCUAUCACAAAAGGCACAAGAAUUAAAAGAUUUAUUGAAUAACGAUGAACAAUUAUGGAAAUGGGUCGGACAGUAUCUGGUUAUAAAACGUGUAUCAUUAGAACAUAAUUUUCAUUCGUUAUACGCUGGUUUUCUCAAUACACUUAAUAUUAAUAUUCUUUUCGACACAGUUCUAACUGAAACACAUCGAAAUAUAAAAAUUCUUUUAUCAAGUGAUAAACAAAUCAAUAAUAUUCCUGAUCGUUCCUUAUUAAAAAAUCUUGGUCAUUGGCUUGGCUUAAUUACGAUUGGACGAAAUAAACCAAUUCUUGCUACGGAUUUGGAAAUGAAAUCUUUAGUCAUCGAAGCAUAUCAUAUGGGCCCACAAGAAUUACUAUAUGUUAUACCAUUUGUUUCGAAAAUUUUAGAAUCAUGUGCAAAAAGCAAAAUUUUUCAACAGCCAAAUCCAUGGUUAAUGGGUAUCAUGUCUAUUCUUGCAGAAAUGCAUGGAACACAAGAUUUUAAAUUGAAUUUAAAAUUCGAAAUUGAAGUUCUUUGUAAACAUUUAGAAAUUCCAUUAAAUGAACUUCCAAUUCAUAAUAUAUUAAUGAACAAAGAUUAUUUUGAUAAACUUGAAAAACAAUUAUCAAAUCCGAAUGCUCCAGUUGCGUCGCUACUACCAGUAGUAACUCCAUUAGCUCAACCAUCAGCAAUGAUGGCACCAACGACAGCAUCAUCAUCAUCAACAACAACGACGACGACAAUAACAACGCCUACAACACAAACCGCACCAACAAUAACAACUAUUUCUGAGCCACAAUAUCGUUUAUCAGAUUUUAAACCAUCCACGUUUCAAUCGUUAAGUGCCAUGCUUAAAAUCAAUCCAAAUCUGUCACUUUUUCGAGUUCAUCCACAGCUUAAAACUCAUACAUAUUCAACAAUUGAACAGGCUAUCAAUGAAAGUUUUCAAACUGUUCAACGUUCGCUUAAAGUCGCAACAAGUGCAGCAGAAACAAUAGUACGAAAAGAUUUUCUUCUAAAUCCUGAUGAACAACAAUUACGUACAUCGGCACGUAAUAUGGUUGCCUAUUUAAGUAGUGGCCUUGUUCUGAUAACUGCACGUACAGCAUUACAAGAACAAAUUCAAUCAUAUAUGAAAUCUCAUUUUCAUAAUGUACUUGGCAUAUCUCAAACAUCUACAUUGAAUAGUAAUGAUCAAGCAACAAGUGAAAUGAUUCAACAAGCUGCUAAUGAAAUAGCAACAACAAAUAUUGAAUUAUGUUGUUGUCUUCUACAACGAAUAACAAUAAGUCGUGCAAUACAAUUGAUCGAUCAACGUUUAUUAGCCGAUAUUGAACUACGGCAACGUUGUAGAACCGAAGGACGACAAUUAUCAAUGGGAAAUACUAUUAGUGAAGAUAGAUUGCCAGAACAAGUUCGUUUACAUUAUGGCCCAUUUUCACCACAUCAAUUGGCUAUCUAUGAAGAUUUCGUUCAUUUUAUUCCGGGUUUUAAACCCAAUGAUAGUGAAAAACGGGAAUUAGCUACGAUGGAAGAAAGUGUUCCAUCCGUAUGGGAUCGAUUAAUAUCUGACAUUGAACAAACAAUUCAAAGUCAGCGUAAUCAAUUAUUUACAACAGCAUUUCAACGUUUACUAGAGAGUGUUAAUCUACUUCGAUCUAAUUUACAAAAUCAAACACCAACAAAUGCACCGCAAGUAGCAUUAACAAAUUUAUUACAUAUAAUACUUUACAAUUAUCUUGAACAUUACACUGUUCAAUCUCAAGUUCAAGAUAAUGAAAGUUUUGAACGUUUCAAAACAAUUCAUAUGAAUGUAUUAAAAUUACUUGUCGAAAUACGUUUACCAUUACAAUUUAUUAAUAAACAAUUAACUAAAUCAUGGUUAGAAUGUGCCAAUGAAUUUAAAUUUAAUAUAUUUGCUUUCAAUCAUUUAAUACGUCAUCGUCUUCUUGACAUUCGACAAAUCGAUGUACAAUUAUCUCAAUUAAUUGAUUCAGGAAGUAAUGCGGCACUUCAUUUUGCUGUUAAUUUUCUUCGUAAUUGUGUUAUUGAACAGCCAUGUUGUUCCGAUAAUGAUAUUCCAUUAACACUCGAUUCACUCCAUCGUAUAUCAUUAAUUGGUAAACAACCAGCUGAAGCUGUUCGAGAUUUACUUGAAAUCAUACGUCUAAACUAUGCAUCAUUAACUGAUUCAAAUGAAAAUAAAAUCGAUAAAUUAGCUAUUUUAUCAUUAUCAGUUAUCAAUAAUGGAAUGAAAUAUUUAUCGAUGGACGAUAUUGAAAGUAUAACAAUUAUCAAUAAAGCAAAACUUAUCUUAAACGAUUGGGUUAAUUUAACAAUGACACAAACAAAUCGAAUCAGUCAACAGCAAGCUUUUCAAGAAUUCUUCAAUCAGAUGACUUUACAAGGCAUAAUUCGUUCGGAUGAUACAAUAGCAAAAUUUAUUCGUGCAACAAUUCAAUUAUGUAUUAAUAAUGUUUAUGAUGUUGUACAACAAAAGUCAUCAUCGUCACAACAACAUCCUCAAUAUGUUCGUUGUCAUCAAGGAAUUGAUUCUCUGUGUCGAUUUUUAUACUUGUUAACAGUGCAUACAUCAGAUAAUAAUAAUUAUGCUGCUCGUAUACAUAUCAUUAAUAUCAUAUUAGGUUUAUUAGCUACACUGUGCUUUUUGGAUCAUGAAGAACGUGGAGAUCAAUUUCAUCCACUUGCAUAUGAAAGAAUUAUUUUAAAUCUAUUUCAAGAAUCAACAAAUGCUGCUGCAUUAAAUGUCACUAGUCCAACAACCGUUGGCGACAAUACUGCGUCCAAUGAUCAAGUAAUGUAUUAUAUUUACUUGGCAUUUACAAAUUGUCUACAUCUUCUACGUCCUCAACGCGUAACCGGUUUUGCUUUCGCUUGGCUUGAAAUAGUUGCUCAUCGAACAUUAAUGUCUCGUUUCUUAUUAAAUGGUGGUCGAUUUUAUCGUCAAAUUCAAAAUAUGUAUUCAUUACUUCUUGUCGAUGCAUUACGUCUUGUUGCUCCAUUUAUACGUUCCGGUGAAAAUACUCAAUCAUUUCAAGUCUAUUAUAAAGGCAUAUUAAAAACAUUCAUGUUAUUAUUACAUGAUUUUCCAGAAUUUUUAUGUGAACAUUAUUAUGAAUUUUGUGAUUCAUUACCAUUAAUAUCACAUCAAUUACGUAAUAUAAUCUUAUCGUCCUUUCCAAAACAGAUACGUUGUCCAGAUCCAUUAAAAACCAAUGUUAAAAUCGAUACGCUCAAUGAUAUAGCAACAACACCAACAAUCUCAUACAAUUAUUCAUUAAAUAUUCAACCAUCAAAAUUUAAAACAAAUCUUGAUUCAUAUCUACGUUCACGUGCACCAGUAACAUUCUUAUCGGAAUUACGUUCAUAUUUACAACAAGGUGCCGAUCCUGGUUCACAUUAUAAUAUUAGAAUGUUGAAUGCACUUGUCUUAUAUGUUGCCACACAAGCAUUGUCAACAAUAAAUAAUCGGCAACCAUUAAUGUCAUCAAUAACUCAUACAGCUCAUAUGGAUAUAUUUCAAAAUUUAGCUGUUGAUUUGGAUACAGAAGGACGAUAUUUAUUUUUAAAUGCUAUGGCUAAUCAUUUAAGAUAUCCAAAUACCCAUACACAUUAUUUUAUCUAUACAAUUUUAUAUUUAUUUGCUGAAGCAAAUUCAGAAGCUUUACAAGAACAAAUUGUUCGAGUUUUACUUGAACGAAUUGUAGCAAAUCGUCCACAUCCAUGGGGAUUAUUAGUUACAUUUAUAGAACUUGUACGAAAUCCAAAUUUAAAAUUAUGGUCAAGAGAAUUUAUGAGUAUUUCACCUGAUGUUAAACGGUAA